UACAUGACGCUUUGGAAAAUUACCGUUGAAUGUAGCGACGGUUCCCACGUCAAGGACGGUAUUUCACCGCCUACUUGGUUUUACCUAAUACAGAAAUGAUGGCCUGAUGGCUUUCUGUGUCAUUUUGUUAUUCAACGCUGUUCUGGAUAGAUAGAGAUUCUCAUUUCUCGACCUUUCCUAUAAAGCCAUGCACUUCUUACGUUCCCAGUAUGCAAUGCUGGGCACAGUUCAAGUGGGCAUCAAGCGGAAGCUGGAUGAUUCCAGUCUCUUCGACAAAUCAUAUCAUGAGCAACGCCAGUCCAUCCUCAACAUUUCCAUGUGCAAGUUGAAAACAUUCCCGAAGCGUCGUGUCGAGCCGUCGCUCCUUCACUCUGUCCUCAUCUUCAACACGCUCCGCUGUAUCGAACAUGAGCUCCAGGAGGAGGGUGUCAGUGUCAACCCGGCGACGACACCUGCAUUCCUCCCCAGCAUACAGUCUCAGGAUACCGUCAACUUAGAUCCAUUGCCAGGUGCUGACACCUCAAGUCAUAAUCUAGAACUACAUAAUACGAAAUUGGAAUCGAAAGGUGCUCAAUCUGUGUCAAAUCUAACGCAAACAUGUCGGACAAUGUCGGUGACACCAAUACCGAUGGACACGAGCAGUCCGGACACUGCCAGUCCAGUCUCCACCAAAAUUGUCAAUGUUCAGGUGCCACCUAUAGCUUUGCCAAAAGAACAAAGUUCAAAUGUUACAAAACCUGCUGAAGUUGAUAUCAAUAGCAAUUUAAGUUCUUGUGAAUCGAUGAACACGACUUUGACAGAAUUUAGUAAACUGCUAGCAUCUCAGUGGACUACAAACUCAAAUAGCAAUAGUGGGAAUGGUGUCAACUCAUCUAUAAACGGCUUUACUGCUAGUGCUAUGUCUACUGCUGCGUCAAAUUUUUCGACUGCAGCAUCGAACUUUUUCAGUUCUAACUCGAGUAGACUGGAUGAUUUCUUUAGUGACGCCGACCUGGACUUGUCCGUGUAUGACUUUGAUCUCUUCUCGCCAAUAUCAACAAACAUGAAACUUACGCCAUUGAGUGCGGAGGAACUCCUGCACACGUUUCCAUCGCCGACUGACCCAUUGGUUCCGUUCGCCAGUGCAGGAGGGAGUUGCAAAAAUGACGUCUUUUGUGAUGAUUUAGACCAUAUCAUGCAAGUUUUAGUGGGUAUAUGACCCAAACUUUAGUCAUUUUUAACUGGUUUCAAAUGUUGAUCAUUUGAAAUAGUGCACCAAUAACUUGUCGAGGCAUCAUCCAUUUUAGACAAACAUCUAUAGACACUUCUAGUCUUGAACUGUUUGCCUAGUGUAUUUAUUAUUAUUUAUUUGGACACAAGAAGAACCUGCUUUUAAACCAGGAUCAUGAGGUAAUAGUAUUUUCCUACUCCAAAUUCUAUAUUAUUGGCGGAAGUAUUUACACGCAAUUCAAUUGUUUUUAUUUGAAAAUGACAAAAACAAAAAAUGAUUUGUGUGUGGACUUGUGUGCAUUGCACGCAUGGUGUGAUACUGUCGGUACGUGUUGUGAUGCGUUCGUUAGUCGGACUAUUUAUCGUGCGAGUCAUGUGACUGGGGACUUAUUUAUAAACGAUAUUAGACAAUGCCUGAACGUGCCAUUAAAAUGUGAUAACAUAAGGAGAUACCAUCAUGACACAGGAGAGAAGUUACAUCACGGACCCAACGAACUAUCAAUUCUUGGAAGGAGGAGCCAAGAAUCAGACUCUACGUAUCAGGGACUCAUUUUAUGAUACAUUUAUGCUGCUUUUGUUCUGAACAAAGGACAAAUUUUCCCACCAUUUUUCUAACAUAUUAGUUAGGAAGGUAUUUUCCGAGACCAAAGAGUUAUUAUUAGUGGCAAAGUACAGUAUAUAUGCCUCUGAGAUUUCUAAGCCAGUAGAAUGAUAUCAGCCCCGAAGCUUUUGGCGGGGUUACAGGUUUGUGUACAUCAUAUUUCAGCGUUGUCAUGCUCAGCAAGAUGUGUUCUCGCCCACCUGUUCAGCAGUUAUUUGUGCACAGAUGACUGUGAGAGCGUAUGGACAUUGUUGUACAUCCUCGGUUGAGCUUGGGUGAGUAGGGCUGAAGUAUCGUUAGAAAUAUCAAGGAGACCAGGUCUAUUGGGGCCAAAGUUGGUCCAGAUUUUGACUGUAGACGGUGAUGUCAACAUAAUGGAGAAAACCAAUGUGUCUUCACGUAUGACCAUAUCGUACAGCAAUAGCUGCGAAAAAGUGGAAAACCACAAUAUUUCAGUCCUUGUUGAGCGAAAAGCUGGUGUUUACCAUUAUAAAACUAAAGGUCUUUCAUACUUUUCUUGGCUGGUCAAUGUAGCUUGAUGCUGCUGACACUCAGACAUGUCAGAUAGGCAAUAUGAGUGACUGUUUUUAAAAACAUGCCUUUGGCUGGGUUGUUCUUAGUGUUUGGCUGAAAACUAGUGAAAUGUUGGACGGGAAACUUGGGUACUUUGAAUUUUUCUAGCAUAUCUUCUGCAGAUGAUUUUCAUUUUAAAUUUGAGCUAAACCAUGUUCAGUUUUACCAGACCAGCAUUUAGCAAUACAGCUGAUAUUCAAUCAUCCCAGAGAUUUGAAACAUUUCCUUCUUUUUCAUUUACUUUGACAAAAGGGAUAUCACACAAGGGGUCAAAGUUUAGCCAGAGGGCUCAAAAAUCACUAAUCAAAAGCUUAUUUUUGUUACAAAAGCACUGUCUUGGGAAGAUGCAUCAAGUGAAAUAAGAAAUGUAGACUUUGUGAACAAAAGCACUGCUUUACCAUAUGUGCUAUAAACAGUGAUGUCGACUGUGGUUUUAAGUACUCUAAUGUUUCAAGAACUAUAAUGUUUGCAUCUUCAAUUUGAUAGGCCUGUCUGAUCUCAGUGGUGCCAUUUUGGUAAAACACCAUCUCAAAACCAGGCCCCGGUAAAACGUGGUGUAGUAUUGAUAAGUCAAAGGAGGUGAGAAUUUUACCUCACCAGGGGCAACAGAAAACAGCAGAUAUGUGCUGUGGUGUUCAAUGCGAGUAGAAAUACUUUUUUAGGAGAGAAAAUUAACUGACAUGCAUGUAAGUGUGCAGCAGGGUGAUCUCAGAUCCAGGCCUUCCUUACAUUGCAACUACAUUGAAGUCACAUUGAGAUUUGAAGAUUAUUAGUUAAGAAUACAAAAUACACAAUUGUAUAUGUUGAGUUAUUGCCUAUGGUAAACCAAAUGUCAUACAUUACUAAUUUCAAAUGUGAAUUUUUGUCGGUGAAAACAUGUGACAUUUUUGGCAUUUCAAGAAAUUUUUUCAGUCUAUUGUGAUGUCAAAGUCUGGAUCUGAGUCAUUUUAUAAACUGCAUGAGGCAGCCUGAAAUAUUGACAGUUCUUAUCUAGGUCAAAGUUUGUACCUUUAAACAAUGAAGUAUAGUCAUUGCUGAUGACAUACAUGUAUAGGUCUUACAUAGGCCCACAGUGAAGGUAGUCGGAGUUCAUUUUAACUCAUUGACAACCAAUGGAAAUUUGCUUGAUAAAAAGGAGCAUUCAAGGUUGUCCAAACUGAUCUCAUAGUUAGUGCUUUAAAGCCAGCUCUUAACAGUAAUCCAUCUAAGUGCUAUCAUGAUCAUCGUGGCAAUGUUGAAGCCACUGCAAAGGUCGGCAAGUCACUCAGCCUAUCAAAAUUAUACUGAAAAUGUGGUACAUUGGUUUUAGCACUUUUCUUCUGGUUUCAUGAGUUGUCGGCUAUGAUUGCGAUCAGUUGAAAAGGGCAGUGAUGUGCACUGUGAAUGCUGAACUGACAAGUUGAUGACCAAUUAUUGCCCUAGUAUCUUCAUGAAGUGACCUGCUCCAAAGUUGGACGAUCAGUUUAUUUCUUUGGUGUACUUAUUGGGCUUGUCCUGUAUGUUUCCAAAAUCAUGGCAAUUAAAACUGCCGAAAGCCAGGAAUGAAAUAGUAUUUAUCAGAGUGAGUAUUGUAUUGUAUAUACUUGUAUUUAAUUUAUAUAUUUGUAUCAAAUAAAGUGUCGGCCUACAGAGGUUGACGACAGAGAUGCAUUUGCGAAGACAACACCUUGUUCAUAUUGGUCAUAAAUGUCAAUUUUAUUGUGCAUGGUAACUUAUUUUGAGUUAUAUUGUAACUUUUAGUAGAAUCUGUAUACGCGAAUAGAUUUAGACAGUUCAUGUUCAUAAUAGAUUUGAGGCCAACUUGUAGGAUCGAAGCGGUACUCCCACCCUUAGAUAGGAAUUUUCCAAAUAUUUAUGCCAAAGUUAUCGAUGUCAUUAGAUCUCUCGGAGAGAGUCGACUGUGAUAUUAUAAUGUUUUGGUGAUGUGUAAAUUUUUCAUUUGAAGUCCGCCUCGGUCCUCGUUGGCUGUAUUGUCAUAUUUGUAUAUAGUGUUGAUGCAAUUGAGGUGGUAUUCUCAAAUGUUUAUAUGUAUCAUAACAUGUAGUUUUGCUACAAGACACCAGUUGAAAUAAGUUUCAGAACGUAAAUUUUACUAUUGAAAUUCAGAGAAAGUCUCGUGUGCUAUGAGGGUCCAUUUCAUUUUGGCUGAUAUACAAAUACAUGUUGUGAAGGUAAGAGUUUCUCAAUACCAGUUGUUGGUAUAUCUGCAGAUGAAUGAAAUGUAAUUGAUGAUUGCAAUAAGGAACUGAGAUUCCACAAAAAUCAAUAGUUUGCUCUGGUUAUAUCUUCGAUAGAUUUCAGAUGAUUUCUAUGUUUUUUGUCUAUUUGUAAGUUGUUUUAAACAGAGUCUGUGUCAAGCACUCGUUGGUGAUUUUUCACCUCACUUGGUCAUAUUUGAGAAUGCCACUUUUUGUUUUGUACAGUUUUGUAAAAAUCAAAGUGAAUGAGAUGAAAUUUUUAUAUUAUAUUAUAAUAUGAACUAUUAAAAUGUUUUAUGCCACCGGGGUUUGACCUGCACUGAAAAUUGAGCAUUUGCUGAAAUUUACCAAUUAACAGAAAAAGGCAAAGUUCCUGUGGAUAGAAAUAUUUGAAACAAUGAAACAAAGUCUGUAGACAGUUUUGAUAAAACAGCUAGUUUGAGAAAUUUGUCAUUAUUAUUUGAAAUAAGCUGUUACUAGUGUUAGUAUUUGAAUUUUGUCCAUUUAGAAUGAAAUGAUGACAAACGGAACUUGAUGGAGAUGAUACUUUUAUAGUAUUCGCAUCAGUGUCAUGAUAAUCCUCGUUAUGCUACACUUGUAAUGCAGCCGUCAGUGCAAAUCAUGUAUCCCCCAUCUCAGGCAGUCAACUUUUGUAAGUAACUCUCUAAAUAAUGAUGAAGGGGUUCAGAGGUGUUUGAUACUUAUUUUCAUGAUCAACAGGUGGAAGCGAACAGUUUGCUAGAACUCGACCUUACUUCAAUGCCGAUUGAGCAGGAGGAGGGAGGGGGAGGGGUACAGGGUUAGCAUUGACUGCUGCAAAAAAUAAUUGAUCAAAGUAUUUCUUUACAUAUUUAUAUUAAUAUCUUGUGUAUUUUGAUUGUGACAUUCCAGUCUCAAGUCAGGCCCCAAGGACAACACAUUUUUUGUGUCAGUAAAGUUUCAAAUGUUGUGUAUGAGAGUCUGUACUUGUGGGUUGGUUUACCAAAUUGUCAAAAUUGUUAAGACAUUUUGAUGGGCCAACAAGUCUUUGUCAUGUGGUUUGGGUUGUAUGAGCAUGUAUGAAACAAAAUGAAAACCAUACAAAGCAAUAUUAAAAGGGUCAAAUGUGAAUUUGACGGUUAUGUGUGCUUCUUCUGAAAUAGCUGGUGCCAAUCUGUGCUCUUCAAGUAACAGAUUGCGACAUCUCGAUGCAAUUCGUAUAAAAGUUUAUUAUCAACUUUUGAGGGCUAAAAACAUAUCAUCAAAUGACCAGAGUUGCUGUGUCUGACAUGACUUCUCAAAAUGCUUAUCCACCCUUUUCGGUGUCAUCUUUGUCACUAGAUGUCAUGUAAGCCCUUCUGGUAAGCCUAAACUUGUCAAAAACUGAAUUGGCUAUGAUAAUUUGAAUUAUCCGGCAUAGCAAUAGGGCUACGAUGCUGCCCAUACCAUUAUCUGGUGGCAAACUCUUCCAUCUUAAUAUCUUGUCAUCCAGAGAUCCUUCCUGUAGAUGGCUCAAUACACCGUAUUCUCUAUCCAUCUCCAUCAACCUGAAGAGACAUACGAACCAUCCUUGUUUUCCUGAGCUAUUUCGAGUGAUUCCAUCUCACCGCUCAAGAUCGUCAUUGCAACGUGCUACUAUUCUUUUCUACAUUUAUACGUUUAUAUAUAUUUUCGUACUUUGGUUUCGUCUCAUAUGGUUUUCGUCUUUAACACUGUUGCUUUCUGCUUGCAAAUGUUGUCUAUUUGAUCAAAGAGCAGAAAUGAUCAGGAAUGUCAGGUCAGGAUUUCAAACAUUUGUUAUCUACGUUUAAUACUUGUGUGUCAUAGACUGAGAGUAUGGGUUUAAGCCAGCGGAGAAGCUUUGAAAUUUUAUUAUACACCAAUGAUCAAUUAGGCCAAGUACACUAUGAUUUUCAAUGCUUCUCAGCGAGACUAAACCAGGACUCUCACUAUGUUCAGCAUGGGGUCAUAUCAAUUGAAAUUUUGGGUAGUGAAAAAUUAGUUAUCAGAAUCUGCAAUAAAGAUUUCAAAAUCAAAUUCUAUCCAGCUGAUGAAAAUUUUCCAUCAUUCAGGUACAAAGGAGCAAAUGUGCAUCCUAUAUGCAUUUUUUGCCUUGAGUCAGCUUGAAAUCACCGCUCACCUUGGCUAUUUACUGCUGCUACUAUGUAUCAAGUAUUUACCUGCGCCCGUUGAUUUUAUUGUUGCCAUGCUUGAUGAGCUAUACUACCAACCAUAUUGCUUGCUAAAUCAGUUUCUCACUUAUUCACUCGCCAUCAAAAUCGGUGUUCCUUUACCUAUGUAAUCUACAGCCUUCUGCGAUAGGUAAUUAAGAGCUCUAGGGUUGUCUUGAAAGCUUGAUAUGUAUAGACCCAACCAAUGGUUUCACCUCUUAGUUGGAAUGGGUUAGAACAGAGGCAACAUUGGGUGUCAAAAUGCCUCAGCUUCCAAGUUGAAAAACGAAUAAGCUUUCUGAAAAAAUAUCAAGCAUAAUGAAAUUUUCCUUUAAAUUUGUCAGCUUCGUCAUUGCCAAUUGCAGUUGAUGCAAGUUGCAAACUUAACAUUAAUACUUGAAUAAUUACUGAAAUUUAAAGCCAAAAAAAGAUUUUUGAAGAGCAAAAUAUGACCAUCAGUGUCGAUCCAAAAUUCAAAUCAAUCCUUCAUUGGGUGCUACAGUUGGUUUUCGUCCCCCAGGUCUUUUCCACCAGAUUGCUCGUUGUCAAAGUUCAUCCCUAAGUUCAAAUUUUUCAAUAGCAGGAUAUUUUCGUGUGUGACCCCCUGAUCCAGGGCAGGCCAGACAAAAGUCCAUCCCACUUAGUCUGGCUCUGGUCUAUUGUCAUCUGCUACUGCCCGUUCCAUUCUUUUACGGGGAGUCGUUGAGUCGCUAUAUUUAUGAACAGCACACCAUCGAGUCAGCCAGGGAGACCAUGUAUGCAUGGUGAUACAUGUUCAACUGAGAAGUAGUACAUCACCGGCUCUUGUGAAACUGCUGAAGAACAGCCAUUGAUUUUGUGCGCUGGCUCAUUAUGUGCCGGGAACAUUUCUAUAGCGAUCGGGGCUAGAGGACGGUGAUUUACUGGCUAGUGGAACCGACUGAGUAUUCGGAUCACAGAUAGAGAUAUACACUGAUGAUAUGGAGUGAUGAAUUUAUGGAGAGGCUGGUUUCAGCCUGUCUUGAUCGAAGAAAUAAUGGCGAUAUAAAAAUCUGAAUCCUAUAUUGGAAAUUAAGACUUAUAAAGUUUUCAUAUACCCAAAAUUUUGGCUAUGUAAAGGUUCAGAUCAGUGUUCUGAUAAAUUUUCCUAUUAAAACCUCCGGUCUUGAAUCUUCUGAUGAGUUUGAAUUACUUUCUUUGCUAAUUCAAAGCAAAAUGCUAAUGGGUUAAUGAGGUGUAAUUGAAGCUGCCUGAAUUCCUGAUCAAGAUCAAGUGCUCACUUUCACUCCUGGCUUAGCUCCUGUAAGUUUAUACUGUCGAGUAAAUCAUGUUAUAGCUCAGUAGGCAUUGAGCCAACAUGCUGACCUCUGAAUGCCUUAAAUAUUUUAUGCAGCCCAAUACAAACUUUUCUAUUCUUAUUUAUAUGUUGUGGAAAGCAGCUAUGGUUACAUCUCGACUGGUAGGCAGACCCAGGAAUUCUUUCAAGAUAUUCUGUACACAAAAGUCCAUGGGGCGUACUGAUAUUUUAUCAAUCUGUACACAGAAUAAAGAAUUUGUUUUAUUUUGCUCAAUUCUUGUUUGCCCUGCUAUAAGCUCUGUAACAGUUUUGAUUCAAAUCAGAUUAGUGGCCUAUGGUCAAAUCAAGGCUUGAUUUACUUUUAUUGGCGAAGUGUGCCCCGGUUUGGGGACAAAGGAUUGUAGCCUGCUAGGGUAAUACUCAAGCGUCUGUACAUAAUUCCCAUGUAUUCUAAACUGUAUUUAUUUAUCCUAUUUAGAGAAUGAGACAGGUGACCAUUAUAGGCGGCCAUUUUAACUCUCAGUUGUACAAUGUGUACCUAUGAAGUGUGUGCUGGUAAUGUGUUUCAUUUUAUCCAGAGCCAAAACCAUGGUACAGUGUCUACAAUAUUUUGUACUGUAUAUUGGUCUUAGAAAAGGUGAAAAUUAACUGUGCAAUGCAGUGUUUCAUUUUAACCUGAACCAGUUUUGUUUACAUUAUGUACUGCCUCUGUGCAUGUCUCUUUAGUUCAGGUUAGCAUGAAAUUACUGCUUAUUCCAGGGUAUGAUUCAGCCUUGUUCCACAGGCCUUGUCAUUUCCUUUGGACGAGGUUGGGUAUGUUGAUGAUGGUGUAUUGACUGUAAGAUAUGUAGAUAUUGGGGCAAAUGAUGAUGAAUGAGUGAGUAAUGGUGGAUCAUGACACAGCAGCUCAUGGCAAUACACAGUGACUGAGUGGGCCCAAUUUAGACCAGUCAGGUUUUGAUCAGCUCUGUGCAAGAAUUUGGACAAAAUCAUAUCAUCCUUUGACAGAUACAAAAUAAAACUUUCAGGGUUGCAAUUGAGAAAGAAAAAAACAUGUUUUCCUUCAAUGCUUUUACUUUUGUCACAAAAUCAUUCAAACAUUCAUCUCAUAUUUUCAAUUCUGGAGAUUAAACAAUGUCACUCUCUUUCCUGCAAAUUCUUUGUUGAAAUAUUCAAUGAUCAAAAUCUGCCUGUGUAUGGUUUCCCAUAAAAUGUUUUCAAUAAAUGAUUUUAUAUUGAAAAAAAAAGUAUUUUGUACUGAAACCGUUGGGUACAAAUUUUAAGAUGUUUAUGCAAUGUUUGCAUCGUGCAGUUGGUAGAAUUGGCCACAAUUUGGUGGUCUGGAAUUUUUCUACUUAAAAUUCUCUUGGUUAGAAUAUGAAAUCUUCUGCACUGUUAUACAUUUGUAAGAUUUUCAAAAAAUCAAAAAUGUUUGAUUAACCCUUUGAGAGCUGAUAGUAUGUUCUAUUUGAAAUGAAACAUGACUCAAAAUAGCUAUGACAUAUCGUGUACGGUAAACCCAGAAAUGUUCUUGUGCCUUCUGUUUUCGUGUUUACAGAUAAUAAAUCACAAAAAUAUAUGGCCGCCAAAACGAAAAUAUAUUUAAAAUUUGUAUAAAGAAUGCUAAAUUAAAAGUACGCCAAAGUUGCAAUUUUUACAAAAAAAGAAAAGGUUGAAAUGAGAUGACCACGAAUAUUUCCUGGUUUACGGUGCAUUUGUUUAUGUCACUUUUGAAGUUCUUUCAAUGAAAAUUGGAUCAUUAAUCGGAAAUUGACAUUUAGAGGACUGUUACUCUAAUGCUGUCAUUCGUCUCAAAGGGUUAAAACUGGAGAAAUCAAGGUGUAGGUCCUGUGUUAUGUAUAAGAUAAUUUAUAAAUAAAAUUAUGAUGUUAUGUAUCAUUUCAUAUAAAUAAAUGAAAUACAAAUUGA